AAACCAAAUUGUCUAAAAGUUUUUGGAUUUCUAACUUUUUUAAAAAUUCUUGUAGCAAGUUUUUUUGUCUUUCUCUUAUUUUGUAUUAGUUUUCAUUGUUGAUGGUUCCGCGUUCAUUACAUAGUCGAGGUGCUUAUCGCUUCUUUUUAGGAUGGCCUACUUUGAUUCUCACAUGGGGAUUUAUUAUUUGGUUUUCCCUUACUAUCUGGCAUCAUGCAACUUCGCCUGUGCGAUUCCAUGAUUACUCUAAUCCACAGAACCACUUCAAAAUUGAUCCAAAUUGGUACUUUGCGCUUUGGAUUUCUACGAUGCCACAGCUUUUGUUUUUCUGUAUAUUUGGCAUGUGGGUAGGGUGGAAAUUUUUUAGACAUAAUUGAAGUCAAUUCCCUUUAUUACGCUUUUUCGAGAACUAAUAUGGUACAUUUAGACUAUAAUUGUCCUUCCUUCAAA